AUGGCCAAGCGGAGGGCCAAGGGCGCAGCGAGUGGAGGGAGUGAGCGCGGAGGCAAGCGGGGCAAGCGCAGCACGGCCACAACCAGCUCGACGGCGUCUACGGCCCCAUCGGCUCCGUCGGCCGCGUCGGCCGCGUCGGCCGCGUCGGCCCCAUCGGCCCCCUUGGUCGCUGGCUCGGAUGGCACAUGGGCAGAUGUCAGGGUGUACGUAGUACCGCUGCGGAUCGGUGCCGUUCAGGGCCGAGUGCUGCGCAAUCGGGUGGCGGCGCUCGGGGGUGCUGUCCAUGACUUUGUCUCGCCGACGACCAAUGUCAUUGUGGCCAACCUCGAUGUGUCUGAGCUCAUCGAGUGGCUGAGGCAGACAACAUGGAAUGAGAGCAACACGCCGCAGGAAGAACCGCGCUUCCACAAGCUGGACUACCUCGUCGACUCGCUCAAGCAGCAGAGCCCGAUCUCGCCGCAUGACUUCCGGCUCCACUCGGACGAAGAGUAUGUGGCCCAGGUCAAGAUGGCAAAGUACCAGCAGUACCGGCGCGAGCACCAGAGGCGUGCUGAUGUCAGCGGCACCAGGACGGUGGCCCUUUCGGUGGCGGGCAGCGACAAGAUGGUGAGCCUGGAGGUGAGCGACGAGCUGGCCAAGAAGCGUCGCAAGAAGGCGCGGGUCCUUGCGUCGCGUGAGUUCUUUGCAUGCCAGGGCGCCAAAGCGACAGAUCCUAAGGGGAACAACAUGCUUGUGUCCCGCCAGCUCAACGAGCUCGCCGACAUGUACAAGGCCGAGGGAGACCAGUGGCGUGAGUACACAACUCGCAAUGCAGCUCGGCGGAUCGCCAAGCUUCCCUUUGCACUCAAGUCGGGCGCCGAGGCGACCAAGCUGCCGAAGAUCGGCAAGAAGCUCGGCGCCAAAAUCCAGGAGAUUUUGGACACCGGUUCGCUGCGCAAGCUCGAGAACUUCAAGGCCGACGACAAGGUUGUAGCGCUUGAGCUGUUUCAGUCGAUCUGGGGCGUGGGCGCGGCGACAGCCCGCAAAUGGGUGCACCAGCGCGGGUGGCGGACGCUCCGCGACGUCCGUGAUCACGCCGACUCGCUCACCACCAACCAGGCGAUCGGUCUGAAGUACUACCACGACAUCAAGAGCCGGAUUCCGCGGAGCGAGGUCAUGGCCAUCGAAGCACGGGUUCGGGAAGUGGCCACAGCUGUCGUCCCGGGUGUGGCACUGACGGUGUGUGGAUCAUACCGGCGCGGGCGACUGACGUGCGGCGACAUCGACGUGCUCUUUACCCAUCCCGAUGACAAGGUAGCGGUAAGCGCUGUCUCGCGGGUGGUGCCAGCACUCCACGACGCCGGCCUCCUCACCCACGAUCUCACUUCGGAUAAUCGGGGCGACUCGUACAUGGGACUCUGCCGGCUCGGACCCGACUCACUUCAUCGGCGCAUUGACCUCAAGUCGUUUAAGCAGUCCGAGUAUGGCUGCGCCCUGCUCUACUUUUCGGGCUCUGAGCACUUUUGCCGAUCGGUCCGGACCUGGGCUCGCCGGCAGGGAUACUCGCUGUCGGAGCGCGCGCUUGUUCGCCGCUUCUCCCGCGACACCAAGAGCGAUCUGCCAAUCCCUGGCCUCUUUACCGAAGAAGCUGUCUUCCAGGCGCUCGGCCUCAAGUAUGUCCCGCCCGAAGAGCGCGACAUUUAG